AAGUUCUGUAUGUCAAUCCCCUCUCUUCAUCUUGCAGUUUUACCAUCUAGUAUGCUGCUGUUGGUUCCUCAGGCUGAAGGCCACCAAGAACAUGGAACUGCGUCUAGAAGUCUAUACAUUAAAGAAGAUUUAACCACUUCAGUCACGUGUAAAGCAAUUGGGUCAUUCCCAGCAACUGAAUUAGAAUGGUACUAUCCUAAUGGCAACAUUAGUAUUCUUAACAUCACAAAGACUCGUAGUGUUGUUUCAGAUGAUAAUUUGGUUGACACUGAGAGAACCAUCACAGUACUACCAAGGAAGGAGGACCACGGACAGAGCAUUCAAUGCAACGCAUAUUUGAAUGGCAAGUUUGUUGAUCAAGCAGUAGCCAGAUUGAUGGUGUACGCUAUUCCGGAUUAUGUUAAACUGACGGCCCAAGAGGAUCUCCAAGCCAGUCAAAGAACUAAAGUUACCUGCAUAGCUUUCAAUGGUUACCCUGCUCCUCUCAUCCACUGGUACAUCGGGUCAACAAAUGUCACAGCCAAUUCAACCCUGAAGACAUCUAUCAACAGCACUUAUCGAUAUGAUGCUGAAAGCACUCUGAUCUUCAUACCAAAUAAUUUUGACCGAGGGAAACGCCUUCUUUGUCAGUCUGUUCAGCCUACAAUACCCUUGGAACUCUCAAUGAAUGCAAGCAUGGUGCUGAACAUAUCAUGUGAGUAUUAA